AAGAAAUACCCAGAGAAGUUCUACUACGAGGGCUCCCAGGAUCUGAACAAUCCCAUCCAGCAUCAAUAUCUGCCUGUUUAUUUUGGCAAUGUUUGUCUUCGCUUUAUUCCUGUAAGUGAAUUUAACAAACCUCCCACUAAUUAAUUGUGGAGUCAGUGUAAUUAUUAUUUUUUAAGCAAUGUCUCUGGUCAGCGUUAAGGAAUUUUACUUCACUGAGACUGCAUGUUGGGACUUGUUUUCUAAUUGGAUCUUUUCUUCUUCUUGCACAGGUCUUAGAUUUGACCAUUCAUCGUUUCUUGGAGGUAGUGCAAAUGCAGAAGUCUCUUGAAAUUAUACUUGACCAAAUUGGUGGACUGUACAAAUUUCAUGGUAAAUUAACAAGAAAUAAACUCAAUUUUUAAUAUAACUUUUAAUUUUUAGACCUUAAUCAAAUACAUUUAAAUGUCACUCGCCUCACUUCUAGCUUUAACCCUUUCAGUUUAGUUACGUCUUUCCGGCCUUUAUGCCUCUGUCACGUUAUGGACUAAUACUCCAUUUUUAACAUUGCUAAAAAAACUUUUCUUAUUAAUGAGUUACAAAAAAGCUUAUUAUUAUAAACAGCAAGUGUCAAGUUCUUAUUUGGUUGGGAUUUGGUGGCUGUGCACUUGAUUUUACGCUACUUUAUUGACAGUAGAUCUAAGCAUAAUGGUGCUGGCCAAUGUUCCCUUUAAGCUGCGCGGCCGCGCUAGUAAUCUCACAGACGCCGCGCAGCAGUUUUGAGUACCACGCAGCUAAUUUCCACUUAAGUUUGUGUCUGUAGGCUGUAAAAUUUUGCGCACAAAAAAAUUGCUGCUGUAAAAAUUUGCACGCAACUUUAUGAUUUUGCACACGAACCAACAAACCUUAGAGGGAACAUUGGUGCUGGCCAUUCUUGAUCACUUCAAACUCUAAGCUUGUUGGCUGUUAGUGUCGACACUAAAGAAUUUGAUUCGGAAAUAGAUGCAGGGGUAGAUAAUGGAAAUAAAAGGGAUGAUGAUGUUGAAUUGGUUUAACAUUUUGAUAUCCCAGAUAUGUCAGAGGAUGAAGACAAUGUUGAUAGAUCUGACUGGUCUAAACAAUGGCAUUCAGUUGAUAUUGAAGUAUUUUAGGUGCAACUGGUCCUAAUGUUGACUUUUUACAAAUUAAAAUUUCACUUUUUCUCUACAAUUAUUAGUAAUUUUGUUCAUGAUUGGAUGAAAAAUUGAUUUUUAAUUCAGCUGCUUUUGGUCAAAAUGGAAUUAUUUCCCUUCGCUUGGUAUGGGCGGUACUUUCUUAAUGGGUGCUACAAGGACAAUACUGAAAGGGUUAAGCAAAAAAUAAAUUGAGUCAUUAAAAAUAAAUACUUAUGUCAUUCAUUUGAUGUAUGAUCUCAUUUAUCUUUAUAUAAUGAUAUAAAAUCAGUUUAAAAAAAUGGUUUACAAAUAAUUUGCACAUUCAUUUAGUUUUGGGAUCAGUAUGUCAAAAUGUAAAUUAAAUUAUACAGGAUUUAAGGGAACAUAGCGUUCCUAAAGUCACUCUUUAAACAUUCAAAAUAAUAAAAACAAAUAAAUUUUCCAAUAAAUUAUUACCAGAUCAUCCCAUUACUUAUCUCUACAACACACUGUUCUACUACGAGAAGAGACUUGCUGACAAGACAAAUCUCAAACGUAAACUAGUUAGUGCAAUCAUUGGUAAGUAUCAAUGAAAUACACAUUUAUUAAAAAGAAAUUUUAUAAAUAUUUUUAGUGUAUACAGUUAAAAAGUUUAAACAUUUAAAAUUAGUACUGCUUUAUUAAUGGGAAAUGUUAUAUUUGGGAAUUAUUUUUCAAAGUUCAUUGUGAAGUGAAAAUUUAAUGGAAUUAAGGUUUUUCAAUCAGCAAUUUCUGAUGCUUUUAUCUUAUUUUAAGUGUGAUUGGUGGCAAAUGCAUCAGUUCAAUAUUAUUUUAAAUAUGCAACAAUUUUGUCUUCAUUUAAAAAAAACAUUGGCUGAUUUUUAAAAGGCCCAUUAUCAAUAAGAUUUUUUAAUAGCCUCUUAUUAAAAAUAUUUUUAAAUGGCCUUUUAUCAAAAAGAUUUUUAGCAAUUAACCAUUUAGGUUAUCCUCUGCAAUUAGUUAUUAUUAUUUUAUGAAAUUUUUUUUUUUUUUAAACAUCAUUGAAAGCUUAUUUUUAAACUUAUUCUUUACUGUAUUUAUUAACAGGUGCAUUUAGUGACAUUCGUCCAGAAAACUGGUGCCUCUCAGAAGAUUAUCUACUGUAUCUGAAGCGGUCACAAGAUGAAUCUGCCUGGACUCCAGACCAUGAGUACUACAUCAAGCUGAUCAAUCGGUUGAGAAGCAGUAUCCUUUUUACAUAAAUUUAUACUUAUACUUUAGAUAUAUAAUUUUAUAUAUAUAAUUAAUUUAAUAUGAGAUAAUUUGACUGCAAAUAUCUGGUUAUGUAUUAAAAAAAUUAAUGUUAAGUUUCAGAUUCAUUUUAAGUUAUACAAAUUUUCAAGUAUUCACUUAGAAGAAAUAUUGAAAUUUUUCUCAUCUAUAAGGAUACAAAAGAACCAUUUUACAAGCCACUGAUAAGAAGUAAUUUGAUAUGUCAUAGUCAUAGACAUAUUCAUGGUUUCUUUUCAUUUAUUUGAAUUGAUGUAUUUACAAUAAAAAAUUUUCACUGCACUGAUAUUAAACGAAAAGUAUCAAAACAAUUAUUGUUGGAUGUUUUGUAACAUUAAUAAAGUACUGGAACCACAAGUAAAGGUUAAACCAGUAUAUUUUGCCAUUAAAUUCUUUCUUGAUUUGAAAGAUAUUAAAAAUUUAAUCUGUCUUUUGGUUAUUUCAAAGGCAGCAUAUGUCCUUAAGGUUGUUGAAGUGGGCACAGUUCUUCAAUUUAGCAAAUCUAUUUCCUUAACUUUGAAGCCAUAUUGGGUGAACUCCCCCCACCUUACCAAUCAGCUGACUGGAGGUUUAAUGAAUUCCCCAAUGCAGCAGCCCACACCUUGCACUCCAUAUGUGUGGAGCUGAUGGCACUGCCAGUGUCAGCCCAAACCGUUGGCGAGGCUCUCAUUGAUGUCUCUCUAAAGCCGUAAGUUAUCAUUAAUUCACUUCUUCAUUCAGAACUAAAGUAGGGCUUCUUUUCCAAAAUAAUUAAAAUGUUUUAACUCUUUAGUAUAACAAUUACAUCUAUGCCAUCUGAUAUAUUUUUUUACCCAUUUUUUUAUAUUUUUUUAACCUUUACUAAAUAUUCACCGAGUUGAUGGAACAAGAAAGAAAGGGAACUAAUAUUUCUUGAGUUAAGACAGCACUCAAUGUUUACAUCUCCAGGUCUUCAUUACUGCCACCACAGAAAGACAUGAUGUCAUGGUACAAUGCUGUUGGACUAGUUCUCACAGCCCUGCCUGUAAGCUACCACAUGUAGUAACAUUAUAAAUUGAUGGUUGUUGUUGUAAAUAAAUAAAUAUAUAAACUUUGUACUGUACUUGAGAUCAAGUAACAGUUAAGUGCAUACUUAGAAUUCUUCAAAAUCGGUAUGUCUUUUUUGUUUUAUGAUGUACUGGGUGUUAUGUAAAUAAGCAAGAUUUAAAUUAAAAAAUAUUUUUAAAAAAAAUUAAACAAUACCAAACAGUUUAUAUGUCUUUACAUAUUAAAAGCACCCUGCAAUUAUAAAGUAAAACAAAAAUCUGCACACUAUGAACUAUUGCUAUAAACUAAACAACAAUACUUUAUGUUAUAGGAAUCCUACUGGAGUGUUCUCAAUGACCGCAUACUGAAGGCCAUCACAUCACCCAUGCUGGAGACACCCGCUGCCCAUCACAGCCCAUUCAAGAUUCUCAAUGUCAGCCUGUCACACCUACAGAAUGCCGAGCACCAGUGCUCCACUGUGUUGGAGCUGUGUCAUGGUGUCUGGCAUCAUGCUGGCAUUGGCCAGUUGUCACACUUGCCACAGUAAGUUUGAUGUGUGUCAGAGAGUGAUAAGUGUUUUUUUAUUUUUGUUUAAGUAUGUUAAUGAAUGAAUGAAUUAGUUUUGUCUAAGCUCUAUUGUUAACAUUCAAAAAUGAUUAUCUUUAACACCUUCAUUACCGCUGGGUUUUGGGGAAGACAUCGAUUUUUGCUGACUCGGCAAUAAAAAACUUGCAAGAUGAAAUUUUCGGUAUAUUUCAUUCUCUAUCCGAUUCGCUUUUUAACUUCUCUAUAGCUUAACGAAUACGGAAAUAUAUAGCAUUGAAAUUUGACAUCAACGUGACGUCGUUGUUAUUUCAGAAAAGUUCUUUUACUUUUUGUUAUGACGUCAAUGUUACGUCCUGGGUAAUUGAAAGUGGGUGAUCGUGACGUCUCGUGUCGACGUCAUCGGUAAGGAAGUGUUUAAAUGAAAACAUCAAGAAGUCUGUUGUGACUUCUUAAAUAUUUAUAACUUUGGUGAUUUUUUUUUUUUUUUUUUUAUGUUCUUCUCUCAAAUAGCCCAAAAAGGGUUUUAUCAAUCUGCAAUUUUGCCAUAGAGAAGUUUAUAAGUAAAAUUGUGUUCUCUUUGGCAAUUAUGGAAAUUUUACAGAGAAAAAAACACUUUCCAUAUCAGGAAAUGAACAAGGGAAAACGUUUGAUAGGGUAGAAGUAAUUGUUAAGAAUGGUCUUUAUCGAAUGGGUUGUUUGUCCCUCUCACUCUUAUUCCUGAUCUUCCUUGAACUACUCCACAGAUUUGUGAAGGAAAAGCUGAAACCAGUCAUUAAGCAUGAGAACCAGUUCAUAUUCUUGUGUCACCUGGUGGGUCCAUUCUUGCAAAGAUUUCACAUGGAGAGAACGAGAUGUUUACUAGAGGUCAGAAAACGUUUCUUUUUAAAUCUUAAGUUUUAAUAUUCUUCUUUUGCUUCACUUUUUUUCUUUAUAAAAAGUUGAAAAUAUCAUUAGAGUUAGAGGUGAUGUUAAGUGGGUUUUUUUUUUUUUUUUGUGUGUUGUUGACAGCUUAAUGGCCAGUUUGGUGGCUUGUACCCAUUCAACCAGCUCACAAUGCAGACAUUUAACCAUCUUUUAAAAAAUUAUAGUCCUGCUUUUUUUUCAGAAUGAAUCAAAUAAUAAUAAUAAUGCUUAUAAAUAGAAUUGCAAUAUAUUUAUACCAUGUUGAUAGUUAUCAUUAUGCAGACAUUAGUAUACUAUCAUGUCUUAUACAUUAGCAGUAACAACACAAUGACUAAAAGUAUACCCCUAUCUAUUGAUUUGUUUUGUUCACAGCUAACCGUUGAACUGUAUGACAUACUCCUCAUUGUUGACAGUAAAAGUGAACAUCUGUACCACAUGGAUGCCAUCUGUGAUUAUCUGUAUCCUUUAAUUCAUCGGUUCCCAACCUGUGGGUUGCAACCCCUUUGUGACAAUUCGUGAUGAUUUUUUGCGUGACGUAAUUUGCAAACGAUCCCCUUAGGGACAUUUAAGUUUUUUCAAUUUCAAAUUUCGUUUUAUUGUUAUGUCUUUUUUUUUUUUUUUCAAGUUUUAACGCAGACCCCCACAUAUUAUCCUUUUAAUUACAAUUAGAUAGCUGAUCAAAUUUUUUUUUUGCUUUUUUUUGAUGUAUUGGAAGAGCUGUAAUUUGCAAACGAUCCCCUUAGGGACAUUUAAGUUUUUUCAAUUUCAAAUUUCGUUUUAUUGUUAUGUCUUUUUUUUUUUUUUCAAGCUUUAACGCAGACCCCCACAUAUUAUCCUUUUAAUUACAAAUAGAUAGCUGAUCAAAUUGUUUUUUUGCUUUUUUUGGAGAUAAAAAAUAUUGUAAUUGAGAAAUUAAAAUCUCUUCUGUGCAAGCAAAGCUGUCAUAAACAGUAGAUAGUAGCCUGAAUUAAGUAUUUAUUUGACCCAAUCCUAAUGGUGAGAAAACAAAAAUUAAACAGACAACCUAAAUACUUCUUUUCACAUUUUAGGUGGGUUAAUAUAAUUAAUAAGUUACGGUAGAAUAAAAAAUUCAUAAAAAAUUUGUGUAGCUGUAAUUAUGGCUAACUUUAACAGUAUAAUAUCACAAAAUUAUAAUGCAUAAAAGAAAUUAAUAAAUAACAAUGAACAGUCCUCUUCUUCUUCUUCUAUAUCUUAAGGGCCCACGAUCAAUUUAUUGAUCAUUUUGGCUCCUAUGCAUGUAGAUGGGAUUUGCAAUGUUUCUGUUACUGGUGGUGAUGAGGAAAUUAUGCACCUUGUGAUGGUUACUUGAGGUCAUUUCAUUCUGAAUCAGCACAGGUUACCUUUUUUAAAGGUAACAAAGGGGAGAGACUGCAAUCAAGUUAGGUAAAAGAAAAUUAGGGAAACAAAGCAUGGGGAAAACCUGAAAAAGGACGCAACAAAACAAUGAACGUGUCUGCAAGCAGCCUUCCUCAGCGAACAAACAACAGUAAAAACAGUAUAAAAUAAAAAUAAACACUUAGCUGCAACGGAGAAUAUAUAAGGAUUCAGCUGUACAUUUUGUUCAUCUAAACUUGCUAAUGGUUGAGUUUUGCCUAUUGGCACUUGCACCGAAUUAAGUUUGUCAGCGGAAAGGCAUGAUGCUCCAAAUUAAAGUGGUGAAGUUAAAUUUUUAUUUUGAAAGAAAAUUAUUUUUUACCCUUAACCUCGUGACCUCAGCUACCACAUCAAAUACAUGUUUGUUGGUGACGGAGUCAGGAGUGAAGUGGAAAAAGUCAUUUGCAAGCUGAGACCAGCUUUGAAGCUUAGACUCCGAUUCAUCUCACACCUCAAUAUUGAAGAGACCACGUCUGUUGUUCCAGUCACCACUGUUCCUACAUGUGUGCCAUCACAAUAGCGUCUGAAGGGCAAUAAGUGCUGCAUUAUUUUUUUUACAGCAUGAAUUGCAUUCAAAAUGUUAUUUGCUAACAUUUAUGUUUUAAAGAUUCAUUUUAAAGUGUUAAUUCAGUGUACCUGUAUAAAAGAAGUCGCCUUAUUUCAUUCAUUAGACUAAUUUUUUCAGGAGUACCAAAAGAAUAAAUCAUUGGUACUGGAAAAAAAAGACCCUAUGAACAUCACAUUGUUCAGAUAUAUAUUUUUUUUUUUUUUUUUUUUUUUUUUUGUAUUAACAGUUAAAUAAUUGUUUUAUCUAUGCCCAAGAUUAUGUACUUCACUGAUAUAAGAUCAUGUUGAUCAGCAGUACUAGUCCUUUUCUUGUAAAUAACAAUUUUUACUGUGUUGUUGCUAUUCCUAAUUGGGUGUUUACAAAAGAGCCAAAUAUACCUAUAUAUAUAUUAAUUAUUUUAAAUGAUUUAUUUCUCGAUGCAAUAGUAAAUUUUAAUUCUUUUUGCAUGUCAGUGUAAUUUGUAAACUGUUACAAUGUUUUAAUUGUGUUUGUUUCUUUUUUACUGUUAAACAAAAUACCUAACCUCAUGCUUCAUUUAAAAAAAAAUUAAUUCAUUAUGACAGAGGUUUAAAAAAGAGUAGUCAGUGACCACAUGGGGAAAUUUUAGAAAUGUUAUCAUCUUAAACUUGACCCUUUUUAUUAUAUAACUACAUGUAGUUUGAGCAUAACCAAGCAUGGCAUCCAAUUUUUUUAAAUCUAAAAUUUUAUACAUUCCACUGUCAAGAAAAGACAUUUUAUUUCUACCGUAUGUGGAUUCCUGUAUUUUACAAAAGUUUAUAUUGUUUAACCCAGUUGUGGAACAAUCUAUCACAAUCAUGCAUACUUUGCCUUAUAUGGCAUUUAAUUUUCCAGAGAUAUUUAUCAGAAUGUGGACAACUUGCUCCUUGAAAUUCUUGGGGGAUGAGAUUUUACUGUUAAUAACUUUGCCAUCAUUUUAUAGUAACUUUGAGAAUUCUUUUUGCUGCAUGUGUUGAUUAAAAUAUUCAUUUUUUUUAAAUUAGUUACCUUACCGAUGUAUCUGAUUUUAAAACACUACAUAUCCACUGGCAGUCUAAACAGCUUAUUUUUUGUCACUAUGCAUUUUGUGCAUAAGGCCAGGUGUUAUAUUUAUUAUCUUAACGCAAUCUUUCUGGGUGUUAGUACCAGUACCAGGCUUUUUUGUUGUUUUUUUAAUAAUUAAAAAUUAGUUUUGUGAAGGCCAUAAUUUAUAAUUGAAAAUGCAUCAGCUCUAUCUGGAUUGAAUCCUGUUACAUUAUUUGAUUUCUUAUGAUAAAUUUGUAAAUUUGUAUUAAAAUGCUUCAAAUUCAA